AUGCAUAUCUCAGCCAUCGCCGUUGCUGUCUCGGCUCUUGCCGUGUCCGUCAGUGCCUCUGUUCCUGGCAAUUACGGUGAACAGCCACCCCCAUACCCAGCUCCCACCACCUCGGUUGCUCCAACCUACCCAGCUGAGCCAAGUUACCCAGCCGAGCCAUCUUACCCAACUGAGCCCGAGCCAACUUACCCAGCCGAGCCGUCUUACCCAACCGAGCCCGAGCCAACUUACCCAGCCGAGCCAUCUUACCCAACUGAACCUGAGCCAACUUACCCAACUGAGCCCGAGCCAUCUUACCCAACUGAGCCUGAGCCAUCUUACCCAACUGAGCCUGAGCCAUCCUCCUACCCAACUGCCGCCCCAAGCUACCCAGAGGAGACUAUCCCAAGCUACCCAACUGGCACUCCCUCAGACGUUCCUCAUUACCCAACCGGGACCCCAUCUGCGGAACCCUCGUACCCAGUUCACACCCCGUCGAGCUACCCAGUUGACCACCCCAAACCAACCUACAGUGCCACUCCCAUCCCUCCCGGAAGUGUUCCUCCCACCUAUCCUAUCGGCACCAAGCCACCAGUUGUCUAUCCCACUGGCACUGGUGUCUACCCAACUGGCACUCCCGUCCCCACUUAUCCCCCUGGUGACUCUGGCGCUUUCUCUGCUGGCGUUCCCGUCGGCCUAGGCCUCGCUGCUGCUCUCUUCGCUGCUUUCCUGUAA